AUGGAUCCCCGCAUGGAAACCCUCCGGAAGAUAAGCUCCCAGCGACUUCCCCCACCAGUCCUGUUCCAAGGUCCCCCCUCACACAAUGCCUCCAACAUCUCAAUCCCGCCGCCCCCGGCAUCCGUCGGCGUCAGCCCCGGUGGUGGUCGGACAGGGCCGGGACCUGGACCAGGCCGAGGAGGCAGUCAAUCGCCGCCGCUGCAUCGGAACCGGUCCGCCCGCGGCGGCGGCCUCGAGACCUCUGGCGGCGGCACCUUUGGCUCUCCCUUCCUCACUCGCAAGCAGUCAAAGGGGGAUAUUGACGGCUCCGAUGUGAUCUGGCAAGAGAUGCAGAGCGCGCUCUCGGAGGUGGAGCUGAGUGCCACCACGGGCGAGCAUGUGUUCGGGGAGAAGCAUUCCGAGGCCUUGGAGGAUCUCCGGGCCAAGCAGCUUAAGCUCGCGCAGGCGUGGGCACGCAGCGAGGCCGCCGAUGACAAGGCCGUCGAUACGAAAGAGGCCGCUCCGCCGGCUAAAGGAGCUGCUGCUGCUGCUGCCCCGCAGGGCCAAGGGGCACGGGGCGUUGCUGGCCCUGGUGUAUCUGGGGAGUCGGGUCCCGUGGAGGACGGCGGCGCGGCUCGGAAUCUGGAUGAGGAGACGGAGAAGGAUAUUCUUCUUGCGCGCGAGAGACGCGAGGCUAACGACCGGUACUUUGAUCGUGUGAACAACGGCGUUCUGGAUGUCGUGGCCAAGUUGGAGGAGGUCGCCCAGGCUAUGCGUGCUGUGGAGCGGGAGAGUCAGGACAUCUGGAGCGAUACUGAUAGUGUGAGC